UUAAGAUAAUUUCAUGAUGAUGAUCGUGAUGAUGAGAAGGAGAACUCGGUAGGGGCUCCUUGCUUGUUUCUACAGUUACCAAAGCCUAAAUACAAGUCAAAGUCAAAUGGUCGAAGCGAUUUAAUUGCCUUAGGCCGAAAGGAUUUCCUGCUGCCGAAGAGUGUGUUGUGAGUCGUCUGUCACUCCCCUCACUCUUACUUUAUCUCUGUCCUAUGUAUGUGCGUGUGGACGUAACGUAAAGUGUGCGCGUGUUGCAGACAGACCAAAGGACCUCAAGUAGGCUCAAUCUUAGAGGCCAGACAAAUCGACAGACGUCAAAUCGGCUUACUGGCCACACAGCAGCAGCAUUAGACAGGCGGUUUUCUCACUCUCCGUGCGUCCCAUUGGCAUUUGUCUGUAUGUGCGUGUCUGGCCUGAUGGCAACAUCAAGCAGUGCCCCGGCAGCUGCAAUUUGCCGGCAAUAGAAAUGCAAUUAUGGCAAAUUCGAACAAAGACUCGUCAAAGUUCGUUAGAAGGGACCGCAGCAGCAGCAGCAAAAGUGGCAACAACUGGAACAACGGCAGGAAAAUGUAAACUGUUAAGCGAGACAAUCGUAGCCGACAAAGUUCGCUCAGCUUUUUUUGUAGUGAUGCAACAGCCACAAGAAGAGCAACAACAACAACAACAGCAACAACAUCCCAACAGCAACAAUAGCAGCAGAAAAAAGUUGCAAGAAAAGUAGAAAGCAACCACAACAACAAACAAAUAUACGCAACAUAAAUGAAGUUAACAAUCUGUCAAAUUGCUAAAUUAUUUCUGCUGUUGACAGCCUUCUUCUUUCUCAAUUCCCACAACGUUGCCUCUUUUGCCUUUAGCUCCUAUCCCUCUACCAAUACCAACAACAACAACAAAGUCACCACCAUCGCCACCAGCAGCAGCAACUCCUCCGCCUCUUUCUUCUCUACUCACAAUCUAUUUCCCACGGCAAGUUCUUUGGGUGUCCUUGUUGUGACAAAGACAGCAACUGAUGUUGCUGCAACGACAUCACCGACAGCAACAGCUGAGACUACGUGGACUUCCGCUCUGACGACAGCAGCAACAAGACCAACACUUGCCAGCAAUUCAAUUUUGAGUACAACGGCAACAACAUCAAGAAUAACACCAAAGCCACGUAAUGCCCAUGAAGCUGAACGUCAGAAACGUCAAAAGCAAGAGCCCACAAGAAGACAACAACAACAACAUCAACGCCAAGAAGAACCCCAACGGCAGCAACAACAAAACCAACGGCAACGGCGACAGAAGCAAAAGCAACAAUUGGAUGCAGCUGCUCAAAGGGUGGGCGUUUUAAUACCUCCUUCAUUACACAUUGAUAUGAUGCAUGUGCAACAGGGUUUCCAUCAUUUUUUGGACUUCUUUCAACUGCAUUUGUCUAAUGCCAAUGUUGAAUUUCUCCCCGAUGUUGAUUUAAGUGGCUUCAUUAAAUUACUCGAGCUACCGAAAUACACGAGCGUUGUAAAGACUUUAAAUGCGGGCAUUAAUGUAGACACCAAUCUCGAUGUGGACGUGGCCAAAGUGGACAUUGACCCAGCAGUCAAGCAGCCACGUCAGCAACACCAGCACCAACAGCAGUUGUCAGCAGACGCUUUAUCAGCAGCAGCAAAUGAGCAAGAGCAACAGCAACAGCAACAACUUGUGAAGGAAACACACUGGAAUGAUGCCCGCAGUUUGGGUCACUGUCAUCAGUUGGCCGAGCAACUGGCUCACGAUUAUAAUAAGAGCAUCGUCUUAUGGCCGUGUCCGCGAAUGAAAAUCUCCAGCAAUUUUCUGCCAUCAUUUGAGGCGAUUUCAUUGGCCAUCCAGAGUAUUGCCAGCAAGUUGAAUUGGACUCAGGUUGACAUCUAUGUUGGUGAUGACAAUUGGGGCUUGGGACUGGCCAUUGCGGCCAACUUGCAUAUACCGUAUCGCAUUGAAAUUGGCGGCACCAUACGUGACCUGGAUGAAGAGGAUAAGCCGGGCAAAGCAAUUAUUAUCACAGCGCCUCUGAACGAUGAAAGCACCUUACGUCUGCUUGCCAGUCAAAAGCAGAACUCGCAAAAUGCGAAUACGAAAACGAAAUCAAAUUCACCCCCCCAACGUCCCAAAAUAUUGCUCAUCGAUAUGGUGGCCAGCUCACUGAAUGUCGAACAUCGUUUUUACAAAUAUUUAUCCAGCAUUCGAAAUGCAGGACACUUGCAACCAGCAGCUGCAGCAGUCAUGGGCAAUCUCAGUUCAGGCCUGGUCACUAGCAAUCUGUUGGUUCUCACUCUGCUAAGCGAUAGGCAUCGAUACUAUUUGAAUGCUUCAGGCGAAAUGCAAGCCACUAUGCAACAUUUUCGAAGGAACUCAACCAUUCAGAGCUAUGGAAAUGGGAAUAGUACCCAAAGAUUGUCACCCUUUAUGAAUCUUUUCUCACUCUAUGAUAUGAUUGUCUCACACAUCACAAUGAAUGCAAGUCAAAGGGAAGCAAUUCCCAAAUAUGAUUUCAUAGUGCUCGAUAUUGUGAGAACAAAUUACAACAACAGCAGCAGCAGCAAUAUCCUCAACACAAUUCCCACCAUCUAUAAAUGGCGCCCUCUGCUCCUGUUGGAGUAUGAUGAGUGGGGGAACAAAGGGGAGAGUUAUAUUACACAUUCCAUUCAGCCGGGCUACGAUGAAUGGCUACUGCAUAGCAGCAUCAAAUUGUGGCACUGCGGCGCCAUCUGCUGGACAAUUGUGGCAAUUUGUGUGGGAAUGUUGCUGAUCAUUGUGGCGGCCACUGUGGCAUCAGCGAUUGCCAUGAGAAACUAUUUCCUACGCAAACGUCUAUCUAAAGGGCCUAACAAAAUAGUCCUAUCACCCAGUGAUUUUGUUUUCCCCGUGGACUCACGACGGGUGGAUGAAGGCAUCGAAGCCAUGCUCUGCUGUUGGCUUCAACAGCUGCAAGAAUUCGGGGGUCCCGAGGUGGAUAAGCCUGAUCUUCUCAAAGGCUCAAUAGGUUCACUUAAAAAUCUAGGCUUUGUGAUACCAGGAGCAGCAGCACCGGGAAAUAAUAGUGGAGCAGCUGCAGUUGCCGUGGCAGGUGGUGCUCCUGCGACUGCUGCCACAACAACAGCCAAUGGUAAGAGUGGCUCCUCUGCCACUGGCAGUCUGGCACGACAUAAUCCCGCUCAUUUGGAUAUGCGAGCGCGUUAUAAUGGCGACUUGGUUCAGCUGAAGGAGGUGCAUAUGAAUGGGUCCACUGAAUUGCGAACCAAGGCGAUGGACCUGCUGGUGAUGGCCCAUGGACUGCGUCAUGAGAAUAUUAACCCCUUAAUUGGCUGGCUCUCAGAUCCCAAUCGCACAGCCAUGGUCUUUGAUUACUGUUCGCGUGGUUCUCUGCAAGAUGUCUUAAUUAUGGAUGAGAUCAAGCUGGAUUGGUCAUUCCGUCUCAGCUUGCUGACAGAUCUAGUGAGAGGUAUGCGUUAUCUGCAUGCCUCACCGCUGCGCGUUCACGGGGCUCUGACCUCACGGAAUUGCGUGGUCGAUGCGCGUUGGGUGCUCAAGAUCACCGACUAUGGCCUAAACUCGUUCUACGAGUCGCAAGGUCUACCACCCAUGCCGAGGAGUGCCAAGGAACUGUUGUGGACAGCGCCCGAACUCUUGCGCACCAUGAAGACACAUCAGCAUCAGCACACACAUCAUCAUCAACAUGGACGCAUUCAGUUGGGCACCCAACUUGGCGAUGUUUACUCCUUUGGCAUCAUUAUGCAGGAAGUUGUGGUCCGGGGUGAACCAUAUUGCAUGCUCUCCUUGGCUCCGGAGGAUAUCAUAGCCAAAAUAAAGAAGCCACCACCUCUAAUACGGCCUUCGGUUUCGAAGGGUGCAGCUCCGCCAGAGGCCAUCAACAUAAUGCGUCAAUGUUGGGCGGAACAGCCCGACAUGAGGCCGGACUUUAAUUCGGUUUAUGAGCGCUUCAAAAUGUUGAAUCAUGGCCGCAAAGUGAAUUUUGUGGACACCAUGUUCCAAAUGCUGGAGAAAUAUUCCAACAAUUUGGAAGAACUAAUACGUGAGCGCACUGAACAAUUGGAUAUUGAAAGAAAGAAGACUGAACAGCUCUUGAAUCGCAUGUUGCCAAGUUCUGUGGCUGAAAAACUGAAAAUGGGCUUAGGUGUAGAUCCCGAGGAGUUCUCUGAUGUGACCAUCUAUUUUAGCGAUAUUGUUGGUUUUACAACAAUCGCUGCCCAUUGUAGUCCCGUUCAGGUUGUGGAUCUACUCAAUGAUCUCUAUACGAUUUUCGAUGCCACCAUUAAUGCCUACAAUGUGUACAAGGUGGAGACAAUUGGAGAUGCCUAUAUGGUAGUUAGUGGAUUACCGGUGAAAAUACCCGAUCAUGCUGAGCAAAUAGCCACCAUGGCUUUGGAUCUUCUACAUCAGAGUGGUCGAUUUAAUGUCAAGCAUUUGCCGGGUGUGCCGCUCCAGCUGCGCAUUGGCCUGCACACGGGUCCAUGUUGUGCUGGCGUGGUUGGUCUGACCAUGCCGAGAUACUGUCUAUUCGGAGACACAGUCAAUACAGCUUCGAGAAUGGAGUCCACAGGCUCUUCAUGGCGUAUUCACAUGUCCCAGGAGACGAGGGACCGACUGGAAGCCCAGGGCGGCUAUGCCAUAGAGCCACGUGGUUUAAUUGAUAUCAAGGGAAAGGGCAUGAUGAACACAUUCUGGCUGUUGGGCAAAAAGGGUUUUGAUAAACCUUUACCCGUGCCUCCACCCAUUGGAGAGUCUCACGGUCUUGAUGAAUCCCUCAUACGUAACUCAAUUACGCUGAAAGCUCAGGCCAAUAAAUCGCGAACCAGCACGAAUCCUUCAUCAUCGCAGAGCUCUUCAUUGGCCGGUGAAUCUGUGGAAGUUAAAGUGGAGAUAACACCACCCAGCAACAUGACCGAGGUGGGAUCCAGCCAAUUGCCCAACUCAUAUUCUCUGGACUCCAAUUCGACAACUACCAUAAGCCCGAACACCACAUUGUGUCCUGAGUUUCCCACAAAAACUCCGAGCAGCACGAGUCCACAGUCUCGUAAACUGUCCGAGCUAACACCCGAUAAUCUACUCAAUCCUAAUAGCUUUAAUCGUUUGCCCAACUCCACGGGUGGAUCCAGUUCGCGACUGUACAAGAAGAUCGAGGAAAUGAUGGAUCUCAGCUCUCCAUAUAAUCACUACAAAUGCCUCAGUCCCAGUGAGAGUAAUUUGACCCAGUUCUAUGAUGGGAAAUAUCUUUACGGAAAUGCUGGGGGAGGACCAGGUGGAGGAAUGCCUUGUGGUGGUGGUGGUGGCGGUGUCUGUGGUGGUGCAGCUGCUGGCAUUGGAGCAUCCCAUAUGGUUGGUGGGGCCACUGGGCCGGGCAGUGGCGGCAAUCUGUGCAAAUUCGAUGGCAAACCUGGCUCAAGUCGUCUACUGCGACGUCAAUUCAGUCUGGAUCGUGAUGACCAGCAAUCGAAGGCAGAGCACCAGCAUCAACAGCAUUCGCUGCAGGUCACCAACUAUGCUGCUCUGGUGCAUGCCAGCAAGAAUCAAAUAUUGGACAUACCCCUGCUCCAUGAUACCAACUCACGCAGUCCCAAGGGUACAUUGACUCGAGCCCACAAACAGAAUUCCACUUCAAUUACCCAGGAUCUGGAGAAGAUUGAGGAAAUCCCACUAUCGCCCGCCUCGUCGCAGCAUCACAGCAGUCUGGAUAGUAAUCUAAAUCGUAGUCCACCGUCGACAUUGGAGGCUCAAUCGCCACCAUUGCCGCAGUCCCACGGUAACACUCAAUUGAGUCCUCCACUGCUGUCGGCCCCCACCUCACCGGCUCCUUCGCGCACACUUAAUGGCAUAAAUGCCCAUACCCAUGUCUCACACCAUGCCAACGCCAAUGCCAACGGCAAUACCAGCCCAAAUCCUGCUCCCGAGCUUACUCUCAAUGUGGAACAGCUCUUGAGUAGAUAGGGCACAAUUUAAGACCCAUCGAAAGGAUGGGUCUUGCCGAAACUAAGAAAGCUUUAGGUUUGAAUGCAACGUGAAUGAUUUUUGAUUAUUAUUGUGAUGGUCGUCAUCGGAUGUUAAUGUUAAUGAUACGGAAAUGAAUAUAGUACCUCGAUAUGCAAGGCAAACUUGGUUCCAGCAGCAAAAUGAAAGUACAAUUUAGUUUUCAAGAUUAGUUCAAAGAAAAAACCAAAAGUCCAUUGUUCGAUAGAAUCAAAUGAUAUGCAAAGUUAGAAAAUAUAUAUGUGUGAAUCUCUCUAUAUAUAUAGGAUUGUUCAAUACAUUAAUGCAAACAAUUAAGAGUCAAUAAGUGAAAUUUAUUUCAACCCACAUUUCUCUUCAACAAGAGGUUUCAAAUUGUAAUCUCUCAAGGUUGCAAAAGAGGUUAAAACUUUAAAGCUUUGAAAUCGGAUUUCGUAUAUGUAUGUUGUUGAUUGAAUCAAGUUUUUCAAUACACUUUUUAUUUCUCUUUAGCCAAUGGAACUAGAGAAUAAACGUUGUUUACUUUUCUGAAUUUUUCUACUUACUUAUUUCAGGUAACGAAAUUUUUAGUUACUAUCUUAAUCUGGAUUUUAAACAGGUUAAGGACUAGCAACAUAUUGAACAAUCCUAGUAUAUAACCAAUGAUAAAUGGCAAUAACCUUAGGUUAUCUUGCCAUAUGAAAUUAGUUCGAUUUGCCAGCAUUGCAAUUGAUCUUCCAACUAACUAAGCUGCUGAGCACUUUAUAUACAUACAUAUAUUUAUCUUCCGAAGGUCCCAAGCCAAAUAGAUUGUAGUGCACUGGGAUGCAUUUACUGCCCCCUCUACCCUUAGCUCCAAAUCAUCAACUAAAUCCAUUUUGUUUAACUUUGGAAAGGAUAUCAAAUUCUUUCAUCAUCCUUUAAAACUUCAACCUCAAUCACUUUAAAGUAUAGACAGAGGCUAUAAACAUAUAUCCUAAUCUCUAAAAUAUUAAAAAAAAAAACUUGGGCUGUUUCUUUGUUCCCAUUUCAAUGGGAUUUUGUGCUAUAAAAAUAAUAAGUAUAUACAACAUAUUAUGUGUACUUGAUGU